AUGUCCGAUUGUAAUUUAAAUAUUAUUUUGGAGAUAAAUAAAUUAAAUUUAGAGUUAAGAAAGAAAUUAGAAAUAGUUUCGAAAUGGAGAGCCGAUUGUGCUCGAUUGCAACUAGAGUUUCUAAAAUUGUAUACUCCAGACUGUCUUGACAUUUUUGAAUCACUUAAACAGAUAACGGAUAUGAAUACAGAUUCAAAUACUAAUCCAUAA